AUGUCUUCAUAUCGCUCCAUCCAUGCCAUAGCGCAGGAGCUUGAUCGAAUUGAACGAAACGACCCAGAGUCAAUCGUCUAUGGUGUAUGGAACGCUAUUUUGAGCUUCCAAUUCCCUGUGUCCGAAGGCUACAUAACACGCCCGCAGGAUGAACAUACCGCACAGUCCGGAGAGAAGGGAUACUCCGACUUGCAUACCUUCCACUAUCAAGAAAAUUCCUCUACUGCAGACAAGUUCUUGAUAGUACAGUGCAAGAGAGCUGGGUACGAGACACACGCCUCUGUGUGGGCGGAAGGAGUAGAUCAGCUCUGUCAGUACUUGUCGUCGACCCAUGGCAGACGCCGUCCUUCAGACCGUAGCCCUGUUUACGGGAUUGUUGCGGUAGGAAAAUAUAUGAGGGUUUACAAGUACGAUGAUGUGAACGAAUCGGUUCUCAAUUGGAGUCCGAAUCCACGGAGAUUGAAAAAGGGGAAUUUGUGGCACCUGGAGGAAAAUUACGAGCAGGUCCAACUUAUUUUAGACCACAUUCGCGAUAAUCAUUGA